UUUUCAAAAGCACUUAUUAAUCAUGAGCACAAUAUUGAAAUAACUGGACCGUGGGUUUGUCCUCCAGGCUUUAUACCCUCACUUUCUGAAGGACCAACUCUUCUUAAGUUUUCAGUGCCACUCAUCCACAUGAAAUAAGAAUUUUGGCAUCCUGGCUGGAAUUUGCCUGAGGUGGGACUUGGACAAUAACCUGAGGCUGCUCAGGGUGGUUUUGUCGAAGAUGCCUACCUGCUGUCCUUGCUUUGCCUGUAAUGACAAAGAGGCAAGAAGAGGGCAGGGAAAAAUUGUCUUGCAUCCACAGACAUACACAAAACACACAUGAUACUAAUCAUCAUUUGCUUUUAUGUUGUAGGCUGCAUGCCAGCUCAUGAUGGAUAUGGCUUUGCAUUCCUUUGAUGACCAGUAUCUAGGGUGCAGAGAGCAGGUGAUGGAAGAACUGGAGAGAGGAGACUAUUUCCAAAAGGAAAUAGCUGCUAACAAGGAUUAUUUGAGUCUCUGGAAGAAGGCUCAAGAAGCUUUGUUAAAGAGCCCUGUAGGUCUCCUGAGGGAGAUGCAGGAAAGCCAUGCCAUAGUCCUCAUGGCUUACACCAUGAACUCUUCCCUGCACUCUCAGCUGAACUGGGCCACAUCUACAGCAGGAAGUUCUCCAGAGCACUACAGACACAACUUCAGUUUCAAAUAUUUUCACUUUUACCUGACAACUGCUAUUCAGAUAAUGAAGCAAUGGCAGAGCAGCAAGGAGAGCAUGGGGAAACGUAAGUGCUACCGGGUGCACAGGGGUGUAAAAGACUUGUAUAUCAAAGCCAUGGAAGGCAGCAAGGUGCGAUUUGGCCGUUUCACCUCUACCUCCCGCCUCUGGAAUGAAGCUCAGAAGUUUGGGAAUGAAACUUUGUUCACAGUGACCACUUGCCUAGGAGCAGCUAUGCAAGGCUUUUCUUACUACAUAUCUGAAAAGGAAGUCCUCAUUCCCCCUUAUGAGACAUUCCUUGUCAAAAGCUUCUCUCAGACACAGCACGGUAACCGUCUGCAUCUUCAUUCUGUGGGGAACUACAGCAAGUACCACUGCCAUCUCGUGGAAGCUUCAAGAAGCAAGAACAGUGGUUCCACUGCCCUCACCUCAGCCAUUCUUCCUAGUGUAGUUGGAGUUUUCAUGUGCUUGGUUCACAGUGACUGAUUCUCUGGCUGCAUCUAGAUAUAUGCACUUGAAUAGCAGGUGAGAAGAACUACAGGAAAUCAGACUCUGGAGUUCCUGUUGCUACAGAAGGUUCAACCCUCCCUUUGCUUUCAACUGCAGCUCUCCAGCUGAGACCGUAACAUUCAGCCUGACUCAUGAAAUGAUACAUUCCUUGCACCCUUUCAGGUAGGAGGGCAGUUAUCUAUGGCCUUUCUGAAGAACAGGUCAGCGAUACCCUUCACUGUAUGUAGUUUUUCCCAUACGCAUUCAGGAAAGACACACACACAGACUCUGGAUUCUUUGCAGAUCUCUUUGUGCCUUUAUUUUUAGUGAGAAAGAGUCUGUGGGAUGCAAAAGGCACUUAAGGAAUUUUUAUGUCUUCAUAUUUUAGCAAAUUGAAUGAAGGAGCUUGAGGCUCAGCAUCUUGUGUAUCAGAUUUAGGUAUCUGUAAUGGAAGAGGCCAACAUCUAAUAAUCUGAAACCUAGUAACAUGUUCUGUGAAACUGAAUUACUGACCCUGAAAUCCUGAGACAUGGUUGCCUAGGCAGCCAGAACAGAUUCAAUACAGAACUAUUUUACCAUUAACUUGUUUUCUGUCUGUGUGUCAUGUUACUUUCUUGUUGCUGUUUGUUUACCAGUUAUUUGAAAUAAGUUGUUAGAACUUGAUGUUGACCACUAAAUGCUCAAAGAUACUAAGCUCAGAUUUCAAAAUUAAAAACACUAGAAACAGCUGCUGCAGAUACUUCUUUUAUGUGUGUUCAGACAUGCUCAGACUCUUUCCUAUGUGAGAAUUAGAGGAAUCAAGAUGGAUUUCUGACACAUCAGCAUGUUUAUAGUUCUUCUUGCUUCUCUUUUAUCACGUGGAUGCAGGCUUCAACCAUUUUGACAAAGGUUUGGAAUCUUUCACAAGGUGGUCUCAACACCCUGAAAGCCUCCUCUAAGUAGUCAGCUGCUAUUUUCAGGCUUUUCUUUAUGGAUCUGUGUCCUUGAAGGAUAGCC